UUCCUGCAUUGUGCUGCACAUAUCUUGUUGCUAAGGAAAGUCAUCUUAGUUAUACGGACCUUCAUUGUACUUAAGCAUUGCUGACAUUUGCGUGGUUAGGGUUUUCUGAAGAGUGCGAUGCUGACUCUAAAACCCCUUCGUUAUAGGUAAACACUGUGCAUCUAUUCCUGCCAAAGCGACAAUGCAUUUGUUUAGUUCUUGUGGGACUGCACUUGCCUUCCUAAUCAUCAGCAGGAUUAUGGAAAAUGCGCUCCUCAGUGCUGAGGUGAAAGAAGGAGAAAUUCUUCCACCUACAAUCCAGAAACUGAUGAAAGGAUAUAACAAAUAUCUUCGACCCUUCUUUGACAAUGGGCCUGUCAGUGUUGGAAUGAGCCUGGAUGUUGCAAGUAUUGACACAGUAUCAGAAAUAAAUAUGGAUUAUACUGCAACUAUAUUUUUGAGACAGCGAUGGACUGAUGAACGCCUGUGCUUCGAUGGCAAUAAGAGUUUGAGCUUAGAUGGAAGACUUGUAGAAUUGCUUUGGGUUCCUGAUACUUUCAUAGUGGAUUCAAAGAAAUCUUUCCUUCAUGACAUCACUGUAGAAAAUAGACUUAUAAGAAUCUUCCCCAAUGGGACGGUCCUUUAUGCUCUAAGGAUAACUACCACUGUUGCCUGCAAUAUGGAUUUAACAAAAUAUCCAAUGGACAAACAGACAUGUACCCUGCAACUAGAAAGCUGGGGUUAUAACAUUAAUGAUGUGAUGUUUUACUGGACCAGAGGAAAUGAUUCAGUCAGUGGGUUAGACACGCUGCGUUUAGCCCAGCACACAGUGGGAGAUUAUCACACAUCUAUGUCAGAAGCCAUUUAUGAGACUGGUCACUACCCCAAAUUGGUUUUUCACUUUGAUCUCAAAAGGAAUAUUUUAUAUUUUAUUCUGGAGACCUACGUGCCAUCAAGCCUGCUUGUUGUUCUAUCAUGGGUAUCCUUCUGGAUCAGCCAGUCUUCAGUUCCCGCGCGAAUCUGUAUAGGAGUCACAACAGUCCUUACAAUGACAACACUGAUGAUGGGAGCCAGGACCUCCCUACCCAAUGCUAACUGCUUCAUCAAAGCCAUCGAUGUGUAUUUGGGCAUCUGUUUCAGUUUCAUCUUUGGGGCUUUGAUCGAAUAUGCAGUGGCUCACUUCUGCACCCUUCACCACCCUGAUUCUUCCAGUCUGUUAAUGAGAGAAGAGAACAUGAAUGGAGUUGUGACAACGAUUGCGAGCAACUCCAGGCAAGCAAAAAAGAAAGAGGAUUCUUCAGCUGUAAGCAACUGCAGCCUGUCCAACAGUGACAUAAAAACUGAGGCCAAGGAGCAGCAGAGCAAGUGCGCUAAAACGUUCUACAUCGUAAAGAAGGUGGUUUGUUUUUUAAACUGCUGCCGAAUUGAAACCCCCCAUUACAUUGACAAUUAUUCCAGAAUGUCUUUCCCACUUUCAUUCAUAUUUGUGAAUCUCCUGUAUUGGGUAUAUUACCUUUAUUUUUAAGAACUGUUAUUGCAAAAAAAAAAAAAAACUGUCAACAGCAUGUGACCGACAAGCCGCUAUACAACAACAUUGCAGCCUACAUUUUAGCAAGGUGGAGCACAAUUAUUACAAGCAACGCAUGGUGAGGUAUAGUAACAGGCAUUGUUAUGGCAACAGCAGCAGCAUGUGGUCAUUUUCAUCAUGAACAGCUCUCGCAUGAUCCGCUAAAGUGUUUUAGUUCGUGAAGCAAAGCUCACACCAAAUGCCAUCCAUUCUUUGUUUUGUAUUACUAUAAGAAACUUUUUGAAAAAGACAUUGAAAAAGACUGCUAGUAGAAACGCUUGCCAUUGGAUUUAUUACAUUUAUUUUAGUAUUCCUAAAAUUAGCACUGUUGAGUGUCUUAAUAGUUAUGGACGCUUCUUUGUUUUGUACCAUUGAGAGCUUUGUUUGCCGCUUACAGUGAAGUGUUAUGGGUAUAUUCACAGAGUACUGCACUACUGAAUGUGCUAUUUUCUUUCACACAAUUGUUAUAUUUGAUGUGAUUUUUCCGUAAACAUAUACUAAUUUAAUAUAAAACAGUCAAAAACUAUUCUUAUAACACCGAGUCAGUUUUAUGUUAAAGAUAUUUAAUAAAUUAGUAAACACAGACACAAUAGCUGUGUAUAUUGUGAAAGGGAAUAGGUACUGUUUCCUUUGAAGCUCUUUAACAAUAAAUACUAGUGUGACAACAUCAGAAACACACUGGCCUGGAUUCUCAAAACUUUCUUUUGCAUUUUUUUUUUUUACUUGAAUGAUUGGAAUGACAAUGGUGUUUAGAUCCUCUACUGUUUAUAUCAAUAAUUGAUAUGAAAGAGAGACUAUGUGCUUACUGUAUAUAUUAUUAGCCAGCUGGCAUCUCCACUCAAUGUGGUCCAGAUAGUGUAUACUACAGUAUGCUGCCUGUUGUUCAUCAUACAGAUUGUAUUAAUAAGCAUCUAUUAGCGUGGUUUUAAAGGUGCUGUCAAUUAUUGACAACUAUUUACAAUAAAAUCUUAAUGACCAACUUCUAGUGGAAGGUGUCAUGCUGUGCUAUCAAGUAAGUACACAUUUCAUCCUGGAUUGCAUCAUCCACCUGUCUAUGGUUAUGCUGGGAUUAACCCUAAAAUGAAGCAGUUAAUGCAAUUUAGGUAGAUUCCCUGGUACUGUAACAUGCUUUGAUCAUGAUUACAUGAUUUUAAAUGCUGUGUUGGUACCUUGUAUACCCUAUUAUAAGUCAUUUUCACCUACUGUUUCGACAUCAGUUGUAACACAUUUAUUAAUAAUGAAUUAACAUACCUUUGCAAGGGUUGCCUUUGUUAGCAUUCCCAGCAGAUGUACUUAUUUAUUUCUGUGUGUAUUCAUGUAUUAGUAAUUUAUUUAGUUAUGUACUGUAUAUAUUCAUUUAAAUUACAGUGACAGGUCAACAGUGUAAUAUAAUAACAGGUAAACUAGAAUGAAAAACACGCAGAACUUUUUACAUAGCACUUAGUGCCACAAAUGACAAAGUACGUGGAGCCCAUUGUUUUCUCUGUAACGCUUUCAAAAUAAACUGUUAUAACAUUAACGCUGUAAUUACAGUCAGGGUAGAGACUCUUUAAACUAGAACAUUUAACAGCCCGUCAUUUACUUCCCGUAUGCUGUAAAAUUAGAUUUUGUGAACCACUUUUUUGAUUUCCUUCUCCUCCAGUUGGAUAAUGUAUUUAUUUAAAGCCCUUCCUUCCAAACAGAAGCCAUACUGCGCAUUGUUUUCUAUCCACGAGUCUCCUGCUCCUUACGAAGGGUACAAAAGCACAGCAUAAAAUGUAAAGGCAAAUUCUACCUUCAUUGGUUAUUUAUCUUGUGAAAUGCAGGUCAUAUUUUUACAUUAUCUAUAGUUCAGAAUAUAUAUAUAUAUAUAUAUAUAUAUUAUUAUUAUUUAAUUCUUAGCAGACGCCCUUAUCCAGGGCGACUUACAAUUGUUACAAGAUAUCACAUAAUUUUUACAUACAAUUACAUUAUUUUUUACACAUUAUUUGUACAUACAAUUACCCAUUUAUACAGUUGGGUUUUUACUGGAGCAAUCUAGGUAAAGUACCUUGCUCAAGGGUACAGCAGCAGUGUCCCCAACCAGGGAUUGAACCCACGACCCUCCGGUCAAGAGUCCAGAGCCCUAACCACUACUCUACACUGUUGCCCAUAUAUAUAUAUAACUAUUCAAAUAUACAGGCUGCUUUUAUUACCAGCAACAUCCAGCUACAGCAAAAAGGUUUUGCAUCACCUAGAAUUUUAGGAUUGAGACAUAAUUAAAAAAAAAAAAAAAAAAAAAAAAAAGAAACUGCUAAAUGAUAAUGCAAAGUCUACCGGAAGCCAUAGUAGUAGUACAAUAUUUUAUGUUAGAGUUCUCAUUUAUCAAUGUUUGUCAGUUUUUCAUUAAGUAUAUGGAAAACUACAAAGCAGUAUGCAAUUCAUAACAUAACAUUAUUUAGCAGGUUUUAUUUGACUUUAUGAAGCAAAAUUAUACGCAAAACGUUUGGCCAUAGCAGUAAUCAAUUUAAUACUCAGAAACGGUACCAUUCUGGAUUUAAUUACUCUGUAUAUUUUGUAGCUGUCAGUAUUUAUUUGUUUAAAAUGUUCUUAUAAAUGUAAUAUGCACAAUGCAUGUUAAUUUGAUGACAUUUAAUAUUAAUCAUGAAUAAAAAAAAAAGUCUGAUUUUGUAUGUUUUAUUUCUGUGACUUAAAAGUGUCUUAAUAAAUAUAACUGCAGUAUAACUUGAAGAUAAAAAAAGUCAACAGUGGCAAAGUGCAUAUGCCAAUUCCAAUUAACAGGAAUUGCAAUGACAUGAGCAUUGUGGGGAGAUAACAGUUUAGUGCUUCAUAUGUUUUCAGUACAUUAACACUUUUGCUUCUUGGUGUCAAAUACUUCACGGAGCCUGAGAAGUACAUUUCUGCAUCUUCCAGAUGAUUUUCACACCGGAUUGUGGGAUAGAAGUAGUUUUAAGUUCUCCCUUGCAAUUGACUGUAAAGGAGAAUCAUCCAGUAACUGUGAAAUUAUACACUGUAAAAGACACUGUUUUAAAAAAAAAAACUACUACUGUACCGAAAUCUGUGCAAAGUGUGGAACAGAAAAUACAUUAUAGUACAUAUCGUACAUUUGGUCAAUUAUGAACUUUAUUUUAAACAUAUUGUGAAUGUUUACAUUACAAUGUCAUUAGGCUGCUUUAUUACGAUAAUUGUAUUAAGCAUCCAUAAGAAGUUAAUAAAAUGUGUAUAAAUUACACCUGUGGGGGUUGGU